AUGCAGUUCUCUACUAUCAUCUCCGCCGCCUUUUUGGCCAUCGCCUCGGCCGAGAACACCACCUACCCGCCCAUCAACUUAGGUCGGUUCUACUACCCCCACGGCAACCAAUUCGUUGCCUGGAGCCCUUUCACCCCCACCACUACACAAGAGGUCGCCGAGUUGUGUGAUAGCCGUGGCGCCAUCAAGGGAACAGCGACCUGGACUGCCGUCAGAGUGUGGAACACCUACGUCUUUGACCCAAUCUGUCGCAAUCCCUUUAACCUUACCGACGACGCUACCAACACCACUUACUACAACCUUGAGCUCGCCUGCGUGGAUGACAACAUUCCUAUUACGGCAGAGCCAGAGGUCACUGCUGUCGUGGACAGAAACACGAAUAAGACUAUUGAGUCCUGCGUCCCCGUGCCGACAGAUACUGGGAUAGGUGGCGGGGUGAGCUGUACCAGGGGUGCUGAUGGGGGUCUCAAUUUCCAGUUCGCUUGCUCUGCUUGA